UUGAUGCUUCUGCUGAGUGGACGGUGUAAUGGCCGCCGGCAACCGUGCAGUGAACAGCUGAUGAUAUUCACGUGAAUAUUCAUCAAUUUUAAUUGCUAAUUAAGGUGGACCAAGGGCCAGGCAGUUUACUGGUAGUGUAUAAGUGCUCCGUUAGUAUAUAUAUCAUAUUACCAAGGGAAGGACACUGAAACAUACUACCAUGGGCACUCCACAAGAUGACCACGGAACUCUGGACAAGAUUAUAAACGAGUGGACGUCAGACAAAGACCAAGACAGCGUUUCGGUCAUCACUGACCACAACGGAAAGACGCUAUCCUAUAUUCCCUACAAUGGGCAUUAUUUGCCUGCAGUGAAGGGGAUACGUGAGAACAUAGAGAGAGGGGACGAGUUUGUCAGCAGGCCUGAUGACAUCUGGAUUUGUUGCUAUGCAAAAUCAGGUACACACUGGCUGUGGGAAAUCGUACAUAUGUUACUGGGUAACUCCACCGACUAUACCAGUAAGCCGAAAGAAACCACCCAGUUUGACUUCCAUGACGCAGCUAGUUUCACAAACUUACCAUCACCGAGGGUGUUCAAUUGCGCCCUCUGGUGGCACCAGCUUCCGCGUGACGUCAUCCAGAAGAAAAGUAAAAUCCUCCACUGUAUGAGAAAUCCGAAAGAUGUCGCUGUGUCCUACUACCUCCAUACCAAGGAGCUUCACUCUGUCUACCAGUAUUCCGGGUCCUGGGAGGGAUGGGUACAGCUUUUCACGGAGGGAAAAGUAGUACGAGGAAGUUGGUUCGACUACGAGAUGGAGUGGUCCAAAGAAGGAGGGAAGGACGAAAAUGUCCUCACUCUCAUGUAUGAAGAUCUGAAAAAGGAUUUGGUCUCUGAGAUAAAAGUCAUUGCCCACUUUCUGGGCGUGUCACUCCCUGAGAGCAGGUACCUGGAGAUGGCAGACAGGUGUUCCUUUGGUACCAUGAAACAAUGCAAACAAAUGUCGGAGAUGGAAAACAAAAUCAUGUAUCGGAAAGGUCAAGUCGGUGAUUGGAAAAAUUGGUUUACAGUUACCCAAAACGAGAAGUUUGACGCAGUAUAUAAAGCAUGGCUGGAAUCUGGAGGUCCUGCUAUGUGCUUUGGUUAAUUACGGUCGCGUUUGUUUAAGAAUAUUCGAGGAUUUUGCUGUAUGUUUACUGUCAGGAUCAAAAGUACCAAUUCAAACUCUUUUAUUCAUUUUGCGACACUAUAAAGAGACAUUUUCACUUUGACCGAAGUCUAUAAGAAAACGGACUUGCUGAAGGCACCAUUCCUAAUUAUGCUGCAUGAUUUAGAAUUUCAGUAGAUGCAUUGUACGUACUAGAAGUCAACUUUCCAAAUAAUAUACUUGGACGUUGUGUUACCACACUCACGUAUUUAUGUUAUUUUUACUAUAUUGUGACCACACAUUUCAUAUUGAAAUCGGGAUCAACACAUAAAAGCAAACAUAUUCCAAUAAUAUGGAUAUUAUCUACCAUCUACCAGUACCGCAUAUUUUAUUAUGUGCAAUAA